AUGUUGACCGCUCUAGCUCUGGCCGCAUGGCUUUUGCCAUCGUCAACCUCUGCCCUGUCUGUCCGCAGCCCAAGUUGCGACUCAUUGGCGGAGUUAGUGAAGGAGUCGGUGCCGGGGUUGACGUCGGUGAAGUCUGCCCUCGUUCCAGCCAACACACUCAACAUCUCAACCGUUUUCAACUCGGCUUCAUUUUGCAGAGUCAACGGCACCGUUCCGUACCCGGAGAACAAUACGGUUCUUUUUGAAGUCUGGCUCCCGGAAGCGAGCUCAUACAAUGGAAGGUUUCUUGCUGUCGGUAACGGAGGUCUGGCGGGGAAGAUUGACUACGCCGCCAUGGUAGAGAAUGCCAACAAGGGAUACGCGACUGCGGGCGGCGACAGCGGCCACAGAGCGGAAGACAACAACGGCGGGGAUGCUUACCCGGGAGGAAUUCGUCUGCCCUUCCUCCACGACCGCAACCAAGUUCUUGCAUGGAUCAGGAAUUCGAUUGCUCUUUUCACGCCUCCCGCGAGGGAAAUCGCCGGUCUCUACUAUGAGAAGGUUCCCGAGCACGCUUAUUACAAGGGCUGCUCUACCGGUGGUGCUCAGGGCUUCGCGCUUGCCGAGUAUCAUCCCGAGCUGUUUGAUGGCAUUGUUGCUGGGUGUCCUGGAAACUGGUACUCGCACCUCGCGCUGUCGUUCCUCUGGAACCAGCAAGUGACGCUGGAUUCGGCUUUUCUGCCCCAAGAAUCACUGAAUCUCAUCCGCAACGCGGUUCUCGACGAAUGCGACACGCUCGACGGCGUUGCUGAUCGUGUGCUGGAGAACCCCCUCAGCUGCACCUUUGACCUCAACAAACUCGCCUGUCCUGCAUCCACGACAAACACUACCACCUGUCUCACCGCGGAGCAACUCACCGCCGCCAAGGAAGUCUAUGCUGGUCCACGUCGCGCCGGUACCAACGGCAGUCUUUACCCCGGAUUUGAUCUUGGAAGCGAGUCCGAAUGGAUGGUUCAGGAGGGUCGGUUGUCCCUGUCAUUCUCGCUGCCCCUGUUGCAGAACAUGGUGUUCGACGACUUGAGCUACAACGGGACUACCUUCGACUGGUCGAGCGAUGUGGACGCGCUGGAUGAGAAAGUCGGCAGUCUGAUUGACUCGAUCAGCACUAACUUGACGGCUUUCAAGUCCGGUGGUGGAAAGUUGCUCGUAACUCAGGGUUGGGCUGAUCCGUACAACGCUGCGACGUGGCCUAUUCAGCAUUUGGAGGAGGUUGAGAAGGUGACGGGGGACAGGAAAGAUUGGGCUUCACUAUUCAUGGUUCCUGGCGGAGGACACUGCGGAGGUGCAUCCACAUAUCCUCAAGUGCCUGGCAAACAAAAUUCUCUCGAGGCUUUGGUAGACUGGGUCGAGAACGGUGCUAGUCCCAAGGAGCUUCUUGGCGAUUCCCCGGCGGAUGGAAGCAAAAGAACGAAGAAGCUCUGCCCCUGGCCUCAGACUGCUAAGCUCGUUGGGACUGAUGUUGAUAACUCGGAGUCCUAUACAUGCUCCUAA